UCUCUUCCCAUUACCAACAAAAACCCCAGGCUACAAUUUCCCGCUCACUCUACCGACUGUCGCUUUCUUUGUCUCUCUGUCGAUUGAAAAUGGGAAACCGAUGCUGAGGCUCAAUACUCUCCACAGUUCUGCUUCAGCUCAAGCUUCUUCCUCUUCCUCUCUGCAAUGGCUAGGAGCUGGCUUAUUGACAUAGGUGGAUUUGCAAAGAAAGUGAAAAGCACUAAUUUAUCUCCAGCUGAUCAAAUCAAAGAUUGUGGGGCAUAUCGUGAUUGUCCAAACUGCCAUUACCGUAUUGAUAACCGUGAUGUUUCUACUGAGUGGCCUGGCUUUCCUCUUGGUGUGAAGUUUGAUCCUUCUGAUGUAGAACUCCUAGAACAUUUAGCAGGAAAAUGUGGCAUUGGAAAUGCUCAGCUGCAUAUGUUUAUUAAUGAGUUCAUUCCAACAAUAGAAGAAGAAGAAGGUAUUUGCUAUACACAUCCAGAAAAUCUUCCAGGUGUCAAGAAAGAUGGGAGCAGUGCCCAUUUCUUUCACAGAACAACCAAUGCCUAUACUACUGGUCAACGGAAGCGUCGAAAGAUUCAUCAUGAAUGUUUGACUGAAGAGCAUGUACGGUGGCAUAAGACUGGUAAGACAAAAGCUAUAUUGGAGGAUGGAGUGCAUAAGGGCUUUAAGAAGAUCAUGGUUCUUUAUAUAAGACCUAAGAAAGGGUCCAAACCUGAUAAAACGAAUUGGGUGAUGCACCAAUACCAUUUAGGAACUGAUGAAGAGGAGAAGAACGGUGAAUAUGUGGUUUCAAAGAUUUUUCAGAAGCAAACUGAGAAAAAUGAGGAGAAUCCAGCGGUUGAAGAUUCUGACCAGACUGAGAAAAAUGAGAAUCGAUUGGCUGAUGAUUCCAACUGUAUAGCAUCCCGAACCAGUCCUAGAACUCCGAAACCAAAUCCCCCAAAUCCACCUCGAGCUGGAAAUUUUGUUGACAAUGAUGAUAAUAUUGACGAAACUGAACUUCCAUUCACUCAGGAUGUGAAAUGUGUCCCACUAUGUGAUGUUCUGGAUCAGAACAAUGCUGGUGACCCUGCAUGGCUGGCAGGUGAAUCGCAGGCUGUGGAAAACUUCGACUUUGAUGGCUUGGAUGACAUCUUGUUCUGCAAUGAAAUAUUUGAUUCAUCAUCUCUACUAGAUGUUUCUGGAACGGAAACCAUGAUAAAUGGAUCUGCUUCAAACGAUAUGCUUGGGAAUGAUAGUUUAUCAUACGGAACUUCCGUUCUUGAUACCCUUGACUUGGGUACUCCCCCAGAUUUUGAUCUUUCAAAUCUGAAUUUUUACUCUCAAGAUAGUAUUUUCGACUGGGUCGACAGAUUAUGAAGUGAUUUCUGAAGUUUGAGUCCAUCUGAAUGCAUGUUUGUUCAGCUCUUAGAUGCUUCAGAUUCAAAUAUAGUAAGUGAAACAUAGGUUCUCACGUGAUGAUUUGCAAGCAGAAAUAACAGUAUUUGUUUGUCCCUGGUUCUUGAAAUUCUGCAAAAUUUGUAAUCCCAUGUAAACACAUUUGGGCAUUGUUCAGGUGGGUGUAUUUUGGUGUUCAUGUGGAUUUUAGGCAUUAUUCACGUGGGUUGUAUUUGUGUGUCAAAUAGCUUUUGUGGUAUAUGUUGUUUCCAUAGCCAUCUAAACUUGGUUGCCUCAUUCUGUUGUGGUAGAUAAAUCUCUGGUAGCAAAGUCCAAACUUAUAUAAGUACUUGAUAUUUGACUGUUUUUAUGUCAAUACUAGAAUUACUAU